CAUUAUAAAAUGCGCACCCCUUUCUUUCAUUUUCUGUUAUAAUAACCGAUAACCGUUCAAUUUUCUUUCUCUGCCAUCUCGGCAAGAGAGAGAAAUUUGAACGAGAAAUUUCAUCUCCGCCGCCGUCGUUACCGUCGUAACUUGUUUUUCCGGCGAGGUUUAUGUGAAUCGGUUUAUAAUGGAUCUGUAUUUGCUCGGUUGGAUUUUAAGUUCCGUUUUGAGUUUAUUUGCGUUGUACAGUUUGGUUUUCUCCGGGGAGAGAAAUUCCGCUAAGCCGGUGAAGCAGACUGCGGAAAGCGUGACGACCGAUGCCGGAGAAAUUAAAUCGGAGAAGCUUAACCGUGACGCUGAUGUUAUUAUUGUUGGAGCCGGUAUCGCCGGCGCGGCUUUGGCUCAUACUCUCGGGAAGGAUGGACGAAGAGUGCAUGUCAUUGAAAGAGAUCUGAGUGAACCUGACAGAAUUGUUGGAGAGUUGCUACAGCCUGGAGGCUAUCUCAAAUUAGUUGAACUGGGACUUGAAGAUUGUGUGGACAACAUUGAUGCUCAAAAAGUGUUUGGUUAUGCUCUUUUCAAGGAUGGGAAACAUACUCGUCUCUCUUAUCCCUUGGAAAAGUUUCACUCAGAUGUCUCUGGCAGAAGUUUUCACAAUGGACGUUUUAUUCAAAGGAUGCGAGAGAAAGCUGCCUCUCUUCCCAAUGUAAAUUUGGAACAAGGAUCGGUCACUUCCCUACUUGAAGAGAAGGGGACAAUCAAAGGUGUGCAAUACAAGAAUAAAGAUGGUCAGGAAUUGACAGCUUAUGCUCCUCUUACCAUUGUUUGUGAUGGCUGUUUCUCAAACUUGCGUCGUUCUCUUUGCAACCCUAAGGUAGACAACCCCUCUUGUUUUGUCGGCUUAAUUUUAGAGAACUGUGAACUUCCAUGUGCCAAUCAUGGCCACGUCAUACUUGGAGAUCCUUCACCAAUUCUUUUCUAUCCUAUAAGUAGUACGGAGGUUCGAUGUCUGGUUGAUGUACCUGGUCAGAAGGUUCCCUCUAUUUCAAAUGGUGAUAUGACCAAGUAUCUAAAGACUACGGUUGCUCCUCAGGUCCCCCCUGAGCUUUAUGAUGCAUUCAUAGCCGCAGUGGACAAGGGCAACAUAAGGACAAUGCCGAACAGAAGUAUGCCCGCAGAUCCCCGUCCUACUCCCGGCGCCGUACUGAUGGGAGAUGCAUUCAACAUGCGUCAUCCACUAACAGGGGGCGGAAUGACAGUAGCAUUGUCUGAUAUUGUGGUGCUGAGAAAUCUUCUCAAGCCUUUGCGUGACCUGAAUGAUGCACCAACACUUUGCAAAUACCUUGAAUCCUUUUAUACCUUGCGUAAGCCUGUGGCAUCCACCAUAAAUACAUUGGCAGGUGCCCUUUACAAGGUUUUUUGUGCAUCCCCUGAUCAAGCAAGGAAGGAAAUGCGCCAAGCUUGCUUUGAUUAUCUAAGCCUUGGAGGCCUAUUCUCAGAAGGACCGAUCUCUUUACUUUCAGGAUUAAACCCUCGUCCCUUAAGUUUGGUUCUCCAUUUCUUUGCUGUCGCAAUAUAUGGUGUUGGCCGUUUACUAUUACCAUUUCCUUCACCUAGGCGGGUGUGGCUCGGAGCUCGAUUACUCUCUGGUGCAUCUGGAAUCAUCUUGCCCAUAAUUAAGGCUGAAGGAAUUCGCCAAAUGUUUUUCCCUGCCACUGUUCCAGCUUAUUACAGAACUCCUCCGGUUUCACAAGAAUGAGUAUUAACAAAUGCAUUUCCGAAAAACAAAGUUUCUCUCAAGAUGAGCUAGCUUUAUCAUCCAUACUUAAGAAGUUAAGGGAAGGUUGAUACUCUGAUAGAUUGUAUACAUUAUGGCCUAGUGUGUAUUCUUUGUAGUUUGUAACUGGACGAUCUCAAAAGUUCAAUCAUGUCUUUUCUAAUUCCUUUUUGCUACUUUAGAAAAUUGAAUGCAUUGCCUCUUAAUCAGAUGUCCGGAUUCAAAUCCAA